CUUUAGUCGUCUAUCCACCUUGACAUCCUUGACCAAAACAAAACCUUCCAAACGCAGCCCCAAACCCAUCAGAGACACCCGCGCAUCGAUCACCAUGCAGUUCAAGCUCCUCUUCCUCCUCACCGUCUGCGCCGGAGCCAGCAUCUUCUCGGCAGCCGAGCCCCCAGUCAACAGCACCAGGAAUGGCACGACCCUCACCAACGACACCGCCAAGGCCAACGGCACAGUCGUCAGCGACGGCAGCGGGUUCUUCAACGGGAUCAAGAUCGCCAACAACACGUCCCCCAUCCCCGGCACCCUCAUGAUCAACGGCACGCUCCGGUUCACGGGCGCCUACGUCGUGAACCUCAAGAACGGCAAGCACCGCCUCGUCAAGCUGAGCGGGUACGACUACCACAACAAGGCCGUGUGCGUGUCGAGCACCGCCGGCGGCGACGCGGUCUCGGGUGUCAAGAACCCGAACCGGUGGGAGGGCUUGACGGACACCAAGGCGACCGAGUGCGCGUGCAAUGCGUACCGCAUCCGCAGGGCGGGCCUGCUGCAGAACGACAUGUGCCCGGACUGCCGCUACGACGUGGCCACCGAGACGUGCUACUCGGAGCACUGGCACAUCGGCUCCGUCGAGUUCAAGGGGUUGUGCCAGUACGACUGCGGCGCCAAGGACUGGGAGGGCCGCGGCUAGGGGGUGAGGUGGCUUUGGGGCAUAUUCUUUCCGCUCUUUUUUCCGGCCUGACGGGGCCCUCCGUAGGAGAAACGUCCUACGCGGGAAAAGAGCUUUCCGCAGGAGGCCUCCGGUAGGGCUCCCGGAGGGGAUUUUUUUUAAUUUAAGUUCAAAAUCC